UAGUCACAUCGCAGUUAUCGUCCUUGCAAACUACUUCAGCCUCUGACCUGAAUUCGUGGCUUGAGGUUGUUUUAAUCUAAAAAUGUUUUCGAGUAGUCUAAUACCUAUUCGUUUACAUAAACAAGGAAUUCAGCUAACCAAGAUGACCUCCAGUAUAGUUCGACACCUUAGUAGUGGUCAGUAUUGGCGAACAGCUUUCAAAAUGUCUGAAAAAAGUGUUGGCCCCGUUAAUGUAGGCAGUACUUCAAGUAUAACCAAGGUGAAUCAGUUUUGUAACCCAUUCUUCAAUGCAGCCAGAUUUUAUUCACGUUUCUCUUAUUCUACGUCCAGUUCAUCUGUUUCUAUAUUUCCAUCUGUGACCGGUAAAUUCAUUUCUUCCACACCGCGACUCUUCACCUCUCAACCUCAACUUGCCAAUGUCACCUCAAGUCAGCAUUACCGGCUGCUACACACAGAAGUUGAUGCUGAACUCUCCAGAUUUUUAGAGAAAGAAAUCGGUCUUGGCCAAAAUACAAAAAAAUAUCCCGCCAAACUUCCAGUAAUUGACGGAUUUGACAUUGUUACAGACAACGCCAAAAUCACUCUCACAAAGACUUUAGGCAAUGAAACAAUUACUAUCAAUUUGAACAUAAACCAUUCUGUUGAUGCCGAUGAAGCUGAAAUUGUCAACGAGUCACAAGAUGAUGAUGUAACUCAGAUGGUUUCUCGUCCUCCAUUCACUGUGGAUAUCAACCAAGGUGGCACUGAGACGUUCGCUCUUCAAUGUUCUUUUCCAACAGAUAUUGAUGAUGACCUUGCAGGAAAGGAUGACGCUAUGGGUAAGCAAAACAACAGAUGUUAUCAUAUAACAAAUCUUUAUGACCUGCUUAUGGAUAUGCUUGACGAACGUGGAAUCAAUGACGAGUUCAUUAACCAGUUGAUGGAUUUCUGUACUGUCUACGAACACAAGAGAUAUUUGUCCUUCCUCAACGGAAUCAAACGGUUUGUUGAUAAAAAAUAAUUGUUGCCGAUGCUAAUUGAGCACUGAGUGUUAUUUUUUGAUUUAGUUGUUUAUACACUGUAGUUGUCAGUGUAUAUAAAGUGAAUAAAGGUUUUGAAAUAUAAAUUGAAACAUUUUCAAAAGAAAUGGCCAAAACACAAACAAACAAUAAGGAAAGGCUUAGAAAAGCCGGUGUAAAUGGACUGAAUGAAAAAGCAUUAUUUCAACCGUGUAGAUGUAUUGUGAUGUAAUGAAAUAAAAUUUUUCCUUAAGUUGA